GGGCGGGGUAGCGCCGGGCCGCCCGCGCCCCGGGCUCCGCUCCUGGCACUCGGCUCCCCUGGCCGCGACCCGCGUUGCCGUGGCUACCGCCCGCGAGCAGCCCGCGCCCCCACAGGGAGGGGUCGAGUCCCCCGCCCUCGGCAAGUGCGGAGCCCGCAGGGCUGGAAUGCGGGGUCCCGGGCGGCUCGGGGCCGCGCGCCCGGCUCUUGUGGCUGCUUCCGGCCUGGCCUUGGCGGCGGGCGGGGGGUGGGGGGGGAGGGCGGCCCGGCGGGCGCUGGGGGAAGGAGCGAAGCCCGGCCCGGCCGACGCGGCUUUGUCUCCUUUGUUCCCGGCGGUGGCAGCGGCGCGGCGGGAGGGGCGGGCAAGCGGGCGCGCUUUUCCGCCCCUCGGUCUCCGGGUAACAGCUGCGGCGCGGCCGGAGCCACCUCCCGGGGUGGGGGGGGGCAGGGGGCAGUGAGACCGCCGCGCGCAGAUCCCGAGCCCGAAGCGGCCGGAGCCCGCCUCGGCGCGCUCCUCCUGCGGGGCCCUGCGGGGUGGUAACUCCCACACAGGUCAUGCUGUUGUCUCCUGAUCCAGCCGGCCCUGCCAGGUGAGCCUGACUACAAACCUAGGCACCUGGGAGAAGUGUGACCAUGCCCGCCCUCGGCCCAGCUCUUCUCCAGGCGCUCUGGGCCGGGUGGGUCCUCGCCCUCCAGCCCUCUCCACCAGCUGCUUUUGCUCCCAACGGCACACACCUGCAGCAUCUGGCACAGGAUCCCACUUCAGGCACUCUCUACCUAGGGGCCACCAACUUCCUGUUCCAGCUGAGCCCUGGGCUGCAGCUGGAGGCUGCCGUGUCCACUGGCCCCGUGCUAGAUAGCAGGGACUGCCUGCCUCCUGUGAUGCCUGAUGAGUGCCCCCAGGCCCAGGCCACCAACAACCUGAACCAGCUGCUCCUGGUGAGCCCAGGGGCCCUGGUGGUGUGCGGGAGCGUGCACCAGGGGGUCUGUGAGCUGCGGCGCCUGGGGCAGCUCGAGCAGCUAUUGCUGCGACCCGAGCGCCCUGGGGAUACCCAGUAUGUGGCUGCCAAUGAUCCUGCAGUCAGCACGGUGGGACUGGUGGCCCAGGGCUUGGCAGGGGAGCCCCUUCUCUUUGUGGGGCGGGGAUACACCAGCAGGGGCGUGGGGGGUGGCAUCCCUCCCAUCACAACCCGGACCCUGUGGCCUCUGGACCCCCAAACUGCCUUCUCCUAUGAGGAGACGGCCAAGUUGGCCGUGGGCCGCCUCUCCGAGUACAGCCACCACUUCGUGAGCGCCUUUGCACGUGGGGCCAGUGCCUACUUCCUGUUCCUGCGGCGAGACCUGCAGGCUCAGUCUAGAGCCUUCCGUGCCUAUGUGUCCCGCGUGUGCCUCCGGGACCAGCACUACUACUCCUACGUGGAGCUGCCUCUGGCCUGCCAGGGAGGCCGCUACGGGCUGCUCCAGGCUGCGGCUGUGGCCACAUCCCUGGAGGUGGCCCAGGGGGAGGUACUCUUCGCAGCCUUCUCCUCGGCUGCUCCCCCAACUGUGGGCCGGCCUCCAUCGGCCGCUGCCGGAGCAUCUGGAGCCUCUGCCCUCUGUGCCUUCCCUCUGGACGAGGUGGACCGCCUUGCUAACCGCACGCGAGACGCCUGCUACACCAGGGAGGGCCGCGCCGAGAACGAUGUGGAGGUGGCCUACAUCGAGUACGAUGUCAAUUCAGACUGCGCACAGCUGCCGGUGGACACCCUGGAUGCUUAUCCCUGUGGCUCGGAUCACACACCCAGCCCCAUGGCCAGCCGUGUACCCCUGGAAGCCACACCCAUUCUGGAAUGGCCAGGGGUUCAGCUGACAGCUGUGGCAGUUACUGUGGAGGAUGGACACACCAUUGCUUUCCUGGGUGACAGUCAAGGGCAACUGCACAGGGUCUACUUGGGCCCGGGGAGUGAUGGCCACCCGUACUCCACACAGAACAUCCAGCAGGGGUCUGCUGUGAGCAGAGACCUCACCUUUGAUGGGGCCUUCGAGCAUCUGUAUGUCAUGACCCAGAGCACACUUCUCAAGGUUCCUGUGGCCUCCUGUGGUCAGCACCUGGACUGUGCAUCUUGUCUUGCUCACAGGGACCCAUACUGUGGGUGGUGUGUGCUCCUUGGCAGGUGUAGUCGCCACUCCGAGUGCUCACGGGGACAGGGCCCAGAGCGGUGGCUCUGGAGCUUCCAGCCUGAGCUAGGCUGUCUGCACGUGGCAGCCAUGAGUCCUGCCAACAUCAGCCGAGAGGAGCGGAGAGAGGUUUUCCUGUCAGUGCCUGAUCUGCCGCCUCUGUGGCCAGGAGAGUCCUAUUCCUGCCAGUUUGGGGAUCACCAGAGUCCUGCCCUGCUGACCAGUGCCGGUGUGAUGUGCCCUUCCCCAGACCCUAGUGAGGCCCCAGCACUGCCGAGAGGAGCCGACCACGUGUCCAUGAGCAUGGAGCUCAGGUUCGGUGCUGUGGUGAUUGCCAAAGCUUCGCUCUCUGUGUAUGACUGUGUAGCGGUCACUGAGCUCCGCCCGUCUGCGCCGUGCCAGGCCUGUGUGAGCAGCCGCUGGGGGUGUAACUGGUGUGUCUGGCAGCAGCUGUGCACGCACAAGGCCUCGUGUGACGCCGGGCCGAUGGUGGCCAGCCAGCAGAGCCCGCUUCUCUCCCCAGCCCCUCCAGCAGGAGAUGUACCCACCCCCUUCCCACCCAGAACCCCCCAGGUCCCAGUCACCUCUGUUCCCGACGCCCUUCCUGUGGAGCCUGGGGUCCCCUCCACGGCCACAGCCUCGGCUGUCCCACCUGGGGACAGGCCUUCCCUGCUCAGCCCCUGGGGGCCAGGGGCGGGUCCUGGUCCGGUACCUGCCUCCGCCUCCACAGAGUCACCUCUCCAUGAGGAACCUCCCCCUCCCGACCCCCCCAACAGACCUGGAACUGCUGUCCCCGCCCCCACUGACUCCGGACCCACGGCCACACCCGAGGACCUCUCGGCCUCCCACCCAUCGCCCUCAGAUGCAGCAGCACUGCCCCCCGCCCCUGCAGACCCCGGCCCUGAGGCCGACCCCUCUGCGGCACUCCUGGACCAGCCCCCCGGCACUGCUCCCACCACCACUUUCCCAGGGGCCGCUGGCUCCGUGAAACCUGCCCCGGACUGGCUUACGAGAGAAGGCGGCGAGCUGCCUGAGGCGGACGAGUGGACAGGGGGUGACACGCCCGCCUUCUCCACUUCCACCCUCCUCUCAGGUGAUGGAGACUCGGCUGAGCACGAGGGCCCUCCCGCCCCCCUCAUCCUCCUGUCCAGCCUCGACUACCAAUACGACACCCCCGGGCUCUGGGAGCUGGAGGAGGUGAACCGGGGGCCAAGUGCCUGCCCUUGUGUAGACAGUGUUCAGGGUUCCAUGCUAAUGCCAGUGCACGUGGAACGAGAAGUCCGGCUGCUGGGCAGGAACCUGGGCCUCUUUCAGGACAGCCCAGGAGACAAUGAGUGUGUGAUGGAGCUGGAGGGCCGCGAAGUGGUGGUUGAGGCCCGGGUGGAGUGCGAGCCCCCUCCAGACACCCAGUGUCGUGUGAUCUGCCGGCGGCACCAGCUCAGCUAUGAGGCUCUGCAGCCAGAGCUCCGCGUGGGGCUGUUUCUGCGUCGGGCUGGCCGUCUGCGCGUGGACAGUGCCGACGGGCUGCAUGUGGUGCUGUACGACUGCUCUGUGGGACAUGGGGACUGCAGCCGCUGCCAAACUGCCAGGCCCCAGUACGGCUGUGUGUGGUGUAAGGGGGAGCGUCCACGCUGUGUGGCCCAGGAGGCGUGUGGCGAGACCGAAGCUGUGGCCACUCAGUGCCCCGCCCCCCUCAUCCAUUCGGUGGAGCCACUGACUGGGCCAGUGGACGGAGGCACCCGUGUCACCAUCAGGGGCUCCAACCUGGGCCAGCACGUGCAGGACGUACAGGACACAGUCAGGGUGGCCGGGGUGCCCUGUGUCGUGGACGUUCUGGAGUACGAGGUCUCUAGUAGCUUCGUGUGCGUCACUGAGGCCAGUGGUGGAGAGGUAGCUGGCACGGUGACGGUGGAGGUGCCAGGAAGAGGACGUGGCAUCUCAGAGCACAACUUCGCCUACCAGGACCCGAAGGUGUAUUCCAUCUUCCCGACCCGGGGCCCCAGAGCUGGGGGCACCCAUCUGACCCUGCAUGGCUCCAAGCUACUGACUGGGCGGCUGGAGGACCUCCGAGUUGUCGUUGGAGACCAGCCUUGUCACCUGCUGCUGGAGCAGCAGGCUGAGCGGCUGCAGUGUGAGACCAGCCCCCGCCCUACGCCUGCCACGCUUCCUGUGGCUGUGUGGUUUGGGGCCACUGAGCGGAGGCUUCAACACAGCCAGUUCGAGUACACAUCAGACCCCAAUGUCACCUCUGCCGGUCCCACGAAGAGCUUCCUCAGCGGAGGACGUAAGAUAUGGGUCCGUGGCCAGAAUUUGGAUGUGGUACAGACACCAAGAAUCCGAGUGACUGUGGCCCCAAGAGCCCUGCUGCCUAGCCAGGGGCUUGGGCGGAGGCGCCGCGUGAUCCCGGAGACGGCAUGCUCCCCUGGUGCUUCCUGUGGCGGCCAUCAUUUUGAGGAGCCAUGCCACGUGAACUCCUCUCAGCUCAUCAUGUGCCACACACCUGCCCUCCCAGGCCUGCCCGAGGACCCCUGGGUCCGGGUGGAAUUUAUCCUCGACAACCUGGUCUUUGACUUCGCAACGCUGAACCCCACACCUUUCUCCUAUGAGGCCGACCCCACCCUGCAGCCCCUCAACCCCGAGGACCCCACCAUGCCAUUUCGGCAUAAGCCUGGGAGCGUGCUCUCUGUGGAGGGGGAGAAUCUGGACCUUGCGAUGUCCAAGGAGGAGGUGGUGGCCAUGAUAGGGGAUGGCCCCUGUGUGGUGAAGACACUGACCCGCCACCACCUGUACUGUGAGCCCCCCAUGGAGCAGCCCCUGCCCCAGCACCACGCCCUCCGAGAGACACCGGAUGCUUUGCCUGAGUUUACGGUGCAGAUGGGGAACCUGCGCUUCUCCCUGGGCCACGUGCAAUACGAUGGCGAGAGCCCUGUGGCUUUUCCCAUGGCAGCCCAGGUGGGCUUAGGGGUGGGCACCUCUCUUCUGGCUCUGGGCGUCAUCAUCAUUGUCUUCAUAUACAGGAGGAAGAGCAAGCAGGCCCUGAGGGACUACAAGAAGGUCCAGAUCCAGCUGGAGAAUCUGGAGAGCAGUGUGCGGGACCGCUGCAAGAAGGAGUUCACAGACCUCAUGACCGAGAUGACCGAUCUCACCAGUGACCUACUGGGCAGUGGCAUCCCCUUCCUUGACUAUAAGGUGUAUGCCGAGAGGGUCUUCUUCCCCGGGCACCAGGAAUCACCCUUGCACAGGGACCUGGGUGUCCCUGAGAGCAGGCGCCCCACCGUGGAACAGGGGCUGGGGCAACUCUCCAACCUGCUCAACAGCAAGCUCUUCCUCACCAAGUUCAUCCACACCCUGGAAAGCCAGCGCACCUUCUCGGCUCGGGACCGCGCCUACGUGGCAUCUCUGCUCACUGUGGCUCUGCAUGGGAAGCUCGAGUACUUCACUGACAUCCUCCGCACACUGCUUAGUGACCUGGUGGCCCAGUACGUGGCCAAGAACCCGAAGCUGAUGCUGCGCAGGACGGAGACCGUGGUGGAGAAGCUGCUCACCAACUGGAUGUCCAUCUGCCUGUACACUUUUGUCAGGGACUCAGUAGGGGAGCCUCUGUACAUGCUUUUUCGGGGAAUUAAGCAUCAAGUAGACAAGGGACCAGUGGACAGCGUGACCGGCAAGGCCAAAUACACCCUGAAUGACAACCGCCUUCUCAGAGAGGAUGUGGAAUACCGUCCUCUGACCCUGAACGCACUGUUGGCUGUGGGGCCUGGCGUGGGAGAGGCCCAGGUGCCUGUGAAGGUCCUGGACUGUGACACGAUCUCCCAGGCCAAAGAGAAGAUGUUGGACCAGCUUUAUAAAGGAGUACCUCUGGCCCAGCGGCCAGACCCCCGCACCCUGGAUGUCGAGUGGCGGUCCGGGGUGGCCGGGCAUCUCAUUCUUUCCGACGAGGAUGUGACUUCGGAGGUCCAGGGUCUGUGGAGGCGCCUGAACACCCUGCAGCAUUACAAGGUCCCAGAUGGAGCGACUGUGGCCCUGGUCCCCUGCCUCACCAAGCACGUUCUCCGGGAAAACCAGGAUUAUAUCCCUGGAGAGCGGACCCCAAUGCUGGAGGAUGUGGAUGAGGGGGGCAUCCGGCCCUGGCACCUGGUGAAGCCGAGUGAGGAACCGGAGCCCCCCAGGCCUCGGAGGGGCAGCCUUCGGGGCGGGGAGCGCGAGCGAGCCAAGGCCAUCCCUGAGAUCUACCUGACUCGCCUGCUGUCCAUGAAGGGCACCCUGCAGAAGUUUGUGGACGACCUCUUCCAGGUGAUUCUCAGCACCAGCCGCCCCGUGCCACUUGCUAUCAAGUACUUCUUUGACCUGCUGGAUGAGCAGGCCCAGCAGCACGGCAUCUCUGACCAGGACACCGUCCACAUCUGGAAGACCAACAGCCUGCCCCUGAGAUUUUGGAUCAACAUCAUAAAAAACCCACAGUUUGUGUUCGACGUGCAGACGUCUGAUAACAUGGAUGCAGUGCUCUUGGUCAUCGCGCAGACGUUCAUGGAUGCCUGCACGCUUGCCGACCACAAGCUGGGUCGGGACUCCCCCAUCAACAAACUUCUAUACGCUCGAGAUAUUCCCCGUUACAAACGGAUGGUAGAAAGGUACUACGCAGACAUCAGGCAGACUGUCCCUGCCAGUGAUCAAGAGAUGAACUCCAUCCUGGCUGAGCUGUCUCGGAACUACUCUGGGGAUCUUGGGGCACGAGUGGCCCUCCACGAGCUCUACAAGUACAUCAACAAGUACUAUGACCAGAUCAUCACUGCCCUGGAGGAGGACGGCACGGCUCAGAAGAUGCAGCUGGGCUACCGGCUCCAGCAGAUCGCAGCUGCUGUGGAGAACAAGGUCACAGACCUGUAGGGACCUGGCCAGCCCUGGCCUGCCAUUGCCUCAGCCCUGCCCGGGCGGCCCCAGAGCCAUGAGGGAGAAACUACCUUCUUAGAUGCCUGUAGUGCCUGACAAGCCGAGUUAGUGGAAGGUGGCUCCCAGUUCCCCUGGGGGCUCUGGCCUGGGCCCUGCUGGACCUGUCUCGCAGGCCUGGGGCCUUGAGGCUGAUCGGGUGGGGCCCAGCCUGCUCCCUGAGCCCAGUGACCCUGUGGGCUAUUUUGUGUGUGACGUCAGUCUGUGGGGAGUCAGGGACUAAGGGCUUCCAGAGAGUGGCUGGUGGGGCCUCCAGCCCCUGGAGAGACUGUACUGUUCCUGUACACUGGCCUUUAUCCCGCUGGGAUGCAGAGGGGGAGGAGAAGAGCCCCACUUCCUGUCCUGCCCUCUUCUGUCAUCCCUGACCUCAGUUUAGCUGCCUCUGGCCUUGUUGCUGCUGUCAUGUUCCUAGGUCUGAGAGAGGAAUGCCUUUGCUAGGCCACUGAAAACUGACCCCUCCGUGGGGCUGGCUGCCUCCAGGCCACCCUGCCUCAGAGGCAGCCCAUGGUGAGGGCCACCUGCUGCAGGUGCCCGGGGGAGAGUGGUGGCCCCACUGACCCAGAUCUUCAUUAAAGGAUAACACACUGCAUGGCGUCUGAUGUGUGGGCUCAGCCCAGCCCCUCCCCUGGUAGGAGGUGGCAGCCUGCCUGUCAGGCCCUGGAGGGAGCUGGGAUCUGUACCCUGGGACGUGUGUGUAUGUGUGGGGGACAGUUCUCGUCACCCUCAUAUGAGGCUGCAGCGCGAACCCCAUCCAGGAUGGGCUGGGGAGCUUGCAACCUGAGGCGGGGCGCUGGGGGCCGGUCUGAGUCCCAUCAGGGGCCCUGCCUUGUCUGUAGCACAGAUGUUUUCAGGUCGCCAUCCUGUCGUCUUGUCGUCUGAGAGGAGCUGGAGAGGAGGACACUAGUACAGGUGACUCCAGGCACAGUGGGUCUUAGGCCGCUUCUCCAUACUCCUGCUUCCUGGCUCCCCACAUCCUUCUUGCCUGGGACGUUUGAAGGGGCUCCUGGAUACUCCAGGCAUCCUGGGUGGGGGGGCUUGACCCAACGUCUGCCUGUGUGAAGGCCACCUUGGGUGGUGAUUCCUGAUUCACAGCUGGAGGUGAGCGUUGAGACUGUCCCGGUCGGGUCUUGUGUUGCUGGCUGGGCCUGUCCGUCUGGGUCUCGAUGCCCCUUUGACUCAGACCACCUUUGGCCUUGGCAGGAGGCCAGCCUGCCAAAUAGAAACGCCCUCAAAUCUUGACAAGGCUCUCCCCCUUGGCUCUCCACUUACUCCCCAAGCCCAGAGACCCCCCAGGCUCUCUUCCCUUCUGACCAGAAUCCCCACUUCCCACUCGGGUCUUCACAGAGUUUGAAGAGACUGAGGCUGAUAGGAUUCCAAGAGGAGUCCCUUCCUUUCCUCUCAGUGGCCCUAAAGCCAUCUCAGAGUCCUUGCCCCUGAGACAGCGGGAGCCACGCUGAUCUGUCUGUGCCCACUGUGGUCACAGCUGCUGUUCUCUUCCCUGAAGCCACUCCCUCCCCACUUCCGCUCCUCAGAGAGGUCAGCAGUCUGGCUCCAUCCUCUGGGAGCCUGGGAGCUUCGGUGCUUCAGAACGAGGAAACCAGGUGCCUGUGUGCCCGGGAGGGCUGAGCAUUGAACGCGCUCUGAGUUGUUCACUUCACAUCUCAGCCUUCUCAGAACGUUGUUCUAGAUAAAGCAGAGAAUGAAAACGUACCGUGAUAAUGUAGGAAUGUCUUAUAAGUCCUCACUCCGACACCACAGCUGAGAACAGAGAGCUCCAACAGCUCUGCGAUUGCUCGCUUGGGUCUGGCCCCAUUUCAGCAUCACACCCUUGUCAGCCAGACUGACCAGCGUCUUCCUAUGUUUCCAAUCAAGGUGGCAAACGCGUAUUCUCGUGGCUUGGUAUCUCACACAAUCGUGUUAGUGUACAAUGGACCCUGUUUCUUGCCUGGGGUGCCUUCAGGGGUUUAGGAAGUGACUUGCCUUCCUACAUGAACUUUCUCCAAUUUAAAUACUGGAAUAAUUGUCCAGGCAAGAUCUGGGAGUUUUGAUGACUUUUUUGGCAUUUAAAGAACUGUGCUCAAUGGUGUAAUAGCCGAAUUUGUGCUGAUAAAUGGUGGUAUCAUCUUGGAAGCCACUUGAAACCUUGGGAGUGGGCAGAAGGACUCCAGAUCCUCCUGGGCAGCGCUGACAGAUGGCUGUCGGCUGUGCUGGGGGUCACAGGGUGGGCCUUGGCUGCCCCAGGCUUCUGGUUGGGCACCGACACUGGGGUAUCCAAUAUCUUUUCACCCCCCAGCUUCUCCUUAGGAUAACACAUUUCAGAAUAAAUUCAAACCCAAACCUUCUGGUGCUGCUCCAUGGAUCUCCCUUUGAAAGUGUCCUGUUUUAAUUAAGGAUGGUGGCUUAUCCCAUUGCAAAUAUUUACCGGAAAUCUAAGGCAAAGAUAACAUCUUGGUAUUUGAAAGGAAUUUGUUCCAUGAUUGCAAUUUGGGGGUUUUAUUUUUAAGUGUUUGGAUUACUUGGCUGAUAUGUGUACUUGAAGCAGAACGAUCUUUGGGCUGUCCCAGCAGCCACAGGUCUAGGAGUGGGCGGUAGGGUGUGGGGACUGGACCCCUGGGGAAUUUGGGGACUUGGGAUGGUGGUGUACUGCCACCUUCUGGUCACAGUGUGGAAUUUGAUCAGAGGCUGUUAUGGGUAUUUCUGUGUCUGGAACUCUUUAAAAAUCACAGCAAUGA